CAUGUACUCUUACCAAAGAAAAUUUCAAGCGAAUAAGAGAGAUUUUUUAUCAUCAUAUAACUAUCCACAACUAAAAUUUCUUCAGGAUAGAAAGAACGCAAUCAAUAGAACAACUUCUGACGGAAAUCUAAAGUUCGUAUAUUCGAAUGAAGUGAACAAAGCCGUAUCAAGUAUGUAUAUAAGUCGUUAUUACGAUCCAGAAGAUUCUCUCGUUGUCUUGCGAUUGGCUAAAUUAAAGCCAAAAGCGGAAUUAUAUCGUCUACCGGAUAUUUAUGCGGAUGUUGUUCGUAGACCUACAUUUCAGAACGCAUGGGAGCCCAUGAUAAAUGAAAGAUUAGCCGAUGCGAGACGCCGGAGUAAAACGGCAAAGAUGACAAGGAGUUUUGAUAACGUAUCGAUUGUUAGCCGCUCUUCUUCCAGUAGAAAGUCUAUAUCAAGUAUUCUAAAGCAGAGACCUGCAACAACUUCAGUCAAACCCCCUUCUUCAGCUCGUACUUGCCACACAAGUUCUUCUGCCCGUGAGCCAGUUUUCAUAUCACAGAAGGCGAAGGUUCGAUUUCUUGAAUGA